AUGUUUAGUAAUAAUAAUAAUAAUAAUCAAAAUAAUAAUAAUAAUCAAAAUAAUAAUAAUAAUAAUAAUAAUAAUAAUAAUAAUAAUAAUAAUAAUAAUCAAAAUAAUCCAAUACUAAUAGGUAAUUCAUUUAAAAUUAAGGAGAAUGAAGGUAUAGCAUUCAAAGACAAUUGUAAUAUUUCAUCAUCAAAAUUAAAAAAUCAAUUACCAUCAAAUGUAAUGCUAUUGGAUGGAUUCAAUCAAAAAUUAACACCAGGCAUUUUACCAGUUGGUGUUAAAUCCUUGUAUUUAGGUGAUAUUAAACAAGAAUUAAUAAUUGGCUCAAUUCCUAAUACUGUAGCUCAUGUCUCUUUAUUGGAUGGAUUCAAUCAAAGAUUAAAACCAGGCAUUUUACCAGUUGGUGUUAAAUGGUUGAGUUUAGGCGAUAUUAAACAAGAAUUGGAGAUUGGAUCAAUCCCUAAUAUUGUAACGAGUGUCUCUUUAUUGAAUGAAUUCAAUCAAAAAAUAACACCAGGUAUAUUACCAGAUAGUGUUGAAUGGUUGUAUUUAGGUGAUAUUAAACAAGAAUUAAUGAUUGGUUCAAUUCCUAAUACUGUAAAGAGUGUAAGAAACUACUGUUAA